UUCAUGAGCUCAUUCAACAAAUCAACUCCCAAAAUUGAUUUAUAAGCAAUAGCCACCGACCUCUGUUCGGAUUCAGACAUGAACACACUCAAAUCAAAAUCAAAACUUGUUUCAGAUUCAGAUUCUUACUUGUCUUAAAAUCACUUUCUUCGCCAACAAAACCUUGGAUCGAAGAUGGUUCAACCCCAAGAACCCGUGAAACUAUCACCAGGUUUCAGUCUUUUCCCAUCUCUAAAACCCCCGAACAAAACCCUUUUCUUUCACCAAAGCACAGCUCUUUUCGUCACCUUUUUAGCGUAUGCUUCCUUUCACGCCUCCCGUAAACCCCCCAGCAUUGUCAAGAGCGUUCUUGGCCCCACUCUUCAAUCCGAUUCUGAUUCUGGGUGGGCCCCUUUUAAUGGCCCUCAUGGUACUCAUAGGCUUGGUGAGCUUGACUUAGCAUUUCUUACUUCUUAUUCUUUAGGCAUGUAUUUUGCUGGACAUAUUGGUGAUAGGAUUGAUUUGAGAUUGUUUCUUGUUUUUGGAAUGAUGGGAAGUGGUUUUUUAACUAUUCUUUUUGGUUUAGGUUAUUGGUUUAGUGUUCACUUGUUGAUUUAUUUUGUGGUUGUGCAAAUCUUGUGUGGAUUGUUUCAGUCAAUUGGGUGGCCCUGUGUGGUGGCAGUAGUUGGGAAUUGGUUUGGGAAAGAGAAGAGAGGGUUGAUCAUGGGAGUCUGGAAUUCGCAUACAUCUAUUGGUAACAUUAUUGGCUCUGUUGUGGCAUCUGGGGUUUUGGAGUUUGGUUGGGGUUGGUCAUUUGUGGUGCCUGGAAUUUUGAUCAUUUUUGUUGGGAUUUUCGUGUUUUUAUUUCUUGUUGUGAGGCCUGAGGAUUUGGGGUUUGAGACUACGGGAAAAGAGGUUGAGAUGAACGUGGAGAAUGAGGAGAAAUUGGAGAAUGAGGAAGUGGGACUUCUUGGAACGGAGAGUUCAGAUUCUUUGCAAGCGAUUGGCUUCUUGGAGGCAUGGAGGUUGCCUGGUGUGGCACCAUUUGCGUUCUGUCUUUUCUUUUCGAAGCUUGUGGCUUACACUUUCUUGUACUGGUUGCCAUUCUACAUACGGCACACAGCUGUUGCUGGUGUACAUUUGUCACACAAAACUGCCGGGAUACUUUCUACUAUAUUUGAUGUUGGAGGAGUUUUUGGUGGAAUUCUGGCAGGAUUCAUUUCUGAUAUGAUUGAAGCUCGUGCAGUUACUUCAGUUGCAUUCUUGAUACUAUCAAUUCCAGCCCUCGUAUUGUACCGGGCUUAUGGAAGUCUGUCUAUGAUCACCAACAUCGCAUUAAUGUUUAUUUCUGGGUUGCUAGUGAAUGGGCCUUAUGCACUGAUUACAACAGCUGUUGCAGCUGAUCUUGGCACGCAAGAUUUAAUUCAGGGGAAUUCCCGAGCGUUAGCUACUGUGACUGCCAUUAUAGAUGGUACUGGUUCUGUUGGGGCAGCUCUUGGCCCUCUUUUGGCUGGGUAUAUUUCCACCCGGGGAUGGAAUAGUGUCUUCUUAAUGCUUAUUGUUGCUAUUUUCCUGGCGGGGUUGUUCUUGAUUCGUGUUGCAAGGGCAGAGAUUAAAGGGAAGCUAGGUGAGGGAAAUAGGCUUUGGAACAGCAUAACUACACAGUGAUGGACGAUGCUUGAAGUUUUCUUUUGUAUAUUUUUGUACCACAUUAGAAAACGGAUGUUAUAUUUAGAAAUCUGCGAGGCCCUUAUACGUGUAUUUGUAUUACAUUCUUUAUACACUAUUCUAUUUGCUUGUACAUUUACAGGAAUUAUAUUUGAUACCUGUUAUUUUUUA